CCCUUUCUGGAACUUCACAAAAUCAUCCUCUGAGAUUCUGAAGGCAACAAUCUGAAAACCAAGGUUCAUCAUGACGAUGCUGAGAAAUCUUCUGCUUCUUUUUAUUGUGUUCUCCAUGGGGAAUGCAGAAGUUGAUGUAGUUGAAAAAUGCCCCUAUGGAUGGACAAAUUUUGGAGUCAGAUGCUACAAGUUCUUCUCUCAGUCGGUUAACUGGAUCACAGCAGAGAGAAACUGCCAAGGUUUUGAUGCAAAUCUUGCAUCUGUGCAUAAUAAAAUUGAACAAGAUUUACUCCUGAGUCUGUUGCCUUCUUCUUCCACACGUUGUUGGAUUGGUGCUCAUGAUGGUGAACAAGAAGGACAGUGGGUGUGGAGUGAUGGAACUCCGUAUGACUUUACCUACUGGGGCUCUGGAGAACCUAACAAUCUGGGUACUGAGAACUGCGGGGAGCUCAACUGGAGCUCUAACCGUUGGAAUGAUGCAACCUGUUCAACUUCACUGGGCUAUAUAUGUGCUAAAGACCUGUGAGAUCUACAGUCAUCCUGCUCCACAGUUACUUUUAUUUGUACUACAUUUACAUGUUCUGAUCUUAUAUUUUAUUUUAUCUGUUAUUCUCUUCAAAUUGGUCUUCAAAUCAAUAAAUAAGCAUUGAAAAAA